GGCGUGAAGUCAAUUCAUUCAAUUUUCACUUCUCAAUCCUUUUUCGAUCUCAACCUUUUCAAUUCCACCUUACCCGAAUUUCGUCUUCGCCAUCGGAACACCAUCGUUGUUCAGAUACAUCGAUAUAGAUCUUACACACCAAAAUACUACCCCUUUUCUAACAUUUCGUCAGCUUCUCUUCACAUUCUGCGCUCACAUACUCAACUUCACUUCCGUUCACUACUUGUGUAGUAGUGCGGAUAUUCACGAUGGCGAAGCAUCGCGCUCGCGCCCCCAUCGCAUCUCUUGACUCUUUGGUGUCACGCGUCCGCGACCAAAAGGCUGCGACGAAUUCUACACCCGGUUCUAGUAAAUUACAAAAUACCAAGAAAUUCGCCGAGACUAGUGAUAGCGGAGAUAGUGAUGACACUAGCUCAGAUGACAGCGAUGGAAGCAACAGUGAUAGUGAGGUUGAUGUAGAUGCUGCUAGGAAGAAGUAUACGGAGAAGCAGAAAAGCAAGCGCAAGAGUACUCAACAAUCCAUUCCCACGAAGUCACAACCUACCAAAUCUACGUCAACCUCGAACGAAUUACCUACAACCAAACCUACCAAAUCGACGACCUUCAAUUCUAAGGAUUCUGAGUCUGAUUCCGACUCUGAUUCCGACUCCUCUUCUCAGAGCUCAGACUCAAGCGACAUUCCGACGCAGAACACUGUUACGAAACAAGAAUCCCCCGAAAAGAAUGGUGAUAAAGAUAGUAGCGACUCAGACAGCGACACUUCUAGUGAGAACGAAAGUGAGAAUGAAAGUGAAGAUGGAAAUAGAGAUAAAGCGACGAGUGCACAGCGACCUGCCGAGGUUGAAUCAUCUAGCGACGAGGAUAGCGAUAGUAGUUCCUCCGAUGCUGAUGAGGAAUCUACCCAUGACGCCAUGGAUGUCGAUGAUAAUAACGAGGUAAUUGUUAAUGGCAACACUCCUGCACCAGGCUCGGCUUCCCAAGUCUCUCGGCCUGCAUGGAUUGACAAUUCCAAUUUCGUUCUUCGCAAGGCUUCUUCUGACAACCCCGCCAAGGAAGUUGCUGAUUUUUUCAAUAACACCAACCUAGAAGGAAAGCAAGUCUGGUAUUUCACGGCGCCAGCUUCAUUGCCAAUCACUGUCUUGAAGGAUAUGGAAAUCGACCUAUCCAAGGCGACGACCGGAGAAGCUCUACUAAAUCACAAAGGAGAUGACUAUGGAUUAGAUCUAGAAUCCCAUGCUACUAGCACGCAGAUUCAGCUUCUCAUUCCGUCACAGGGUGGUGAUAAGUACGCUGCUCUAAACCGCGGUAUUGACUCGACCGUUCAUCUCCGCCGGAUUGCUAAAUUCGGCCCCGGUGGAGCUGUUAGUGCUACAGCCACCGAUGAUUAUGCGCCGAUUCCGAAGGCUAUUAGAGAACAGCCCCAGGGUCUGAAACCUCGUUUCACCCCCAUCGGUGUUCCCACCCCCACGUGGCAGGGUAUUUCCUCAGCCUCGGUGAGCCAAUCAAACGGUUCAAAGAAAUCCAAAAAGUCGGAUGGUGUCAGUGGUCAGCUGAAGAGGAAACAUCCCGGACAAGGAGCUGAUCAAGCAACUGCUGAGCAGGGAUCGCAAUCCAAAGGAAAGUCUGCGAAGAGACCGAAAACUUCUAAAUCCAAGGAAACGCCCAUUCAACCGCCUGCCAUAACGCUAUCGGCAUCGGCGCCUGGUGCUAUUGAUACACCUUCGAAGGUGCGAACGCCUACGAACAAGGCUAAGAAUGACAAGGCUGCAUUCAAACCGAAGAAGGAAACUCCGGUGCCUGUUCCUACUGUUCUUAGCAUGAACAUGAGACGUUAAGUCGAGGAAUACUGGAGCUCCUAGGAGCUUUUAUUUAGACCGGUUACAACACUUCAAUAACGCAUGGCUUUGAAGUUCCAAUCUUGCCUCAGGUGAAAACACCCUGGUCGAACGUUUCCAUACACGAUUCAUCUAUUCGCACGAUUUAACUGCGACAAUGGAGAAUACUUGCAGAGGUUUGCCAAUUUAGGUGGCAAAGACAAGUGCGUUUCAUACGUGGAUGUUAUUUCGGAAUAAUAGGGGCAAGGCGUCAAAUGGCAAAAGUUCACGAAUCAUGAUUAGCGUGGACUUCUCGCUGGUCUUGAGAUACCACGCGCGGUCGCCCGCACACUUGGCCUUUUGCUGGUGGCUAUGUAAAUAAGAUGAUGCUCCUUAGGCUACUAUCAAAAGUUGCUAGAUAGUAAUUAAUUGUGCUAAGAC